AUGGCGAUGAAUGCUUCACAACUAUUCCUGCGCCGGGCUCAGAAGGUCGGGAGUCGAAACCUGGCGGCCCUUUCAAGAGAUGCUCGGAGCCCUAUAUUCAGUCCAUGUCCAGCUUGCAGGCACUUAUCGAGAACGACCCGACGCUCCAAGCCAGCCCCAGCGGAUGACCCAAAUUUUUUGUCCAUAGUUGAUAACCCCCCCAAUUUGGUCCGGACUGGGAGGAGGCAUGGACCCGGACUCAUUAUUUUGGCGCUCAUCCCCAUUACCGCCUUUGCCCUCGGGUCGUGGCAAGUCCAGCGUCUAGAUUGGAAAUCGAAACUGGUGGCCAAAUUGGAGGAUCGCCUUGUACGGGAUCCCCUACCUUUACCUCCGCGGAUCGACCCCGACGCUAUCAGCGAGUUUGACUAUAGGAGGAUAUAUGCUACAGGGCACUUGAGACAUGACCAGGAAAUGCUGAUUGGCCCUCGCAUGCGCGACGGUAAUGAAGGUUAUAUGGUUAUCACCCCCCUCGAAAGAGGCGACGAGGGAACCACUGUGCUUGUGAACAGGGGCUGGAUAUCCAAGAAAUUCAAGAAUAAGGAAUCAAGGCCGGAUGGUCUCCCAAAGGGAGAAAUCACAGUUGAAGGGUUACUGCGGGAGCCAUGGAAGAAGAACAUGUUUACGCCAGAAAAUAGCCCGCAAACGAACGAGUUCUUUUUCCCGGAUGUUGAGCAAAUGGCAAAGUUGACAGGGAGUCAACCCGUGUGGAUCGAGGAAACGAUGGAACCGGAUCUCCUAUCGACCUGGGACCGCGAUGCUAGGGGGAUACCAAUUGGACGAGCCCCAGAGGUCAAUCUCAGAAACAAUCACGCACAAUACAUAUUUACGUGGUAUGCCCUCGCAGCUGCCACAUCUGUAAUGUUAUGGAUGGUUGUGAAAAAGCCUCCGGGGGAUAUAGCUCGCCGCGUACGCCAGAAUAAAGAGUGGCGAUAA